UUUAUAUUCUCUCAAUAAGUUCAAUAAGCUAACGUUUAGAAUCCUAACAAAAAUCUGCUUUAUUUCUUUCACACGCAUUAUAUCUCGUGAAAUAGAGCAUUCUAUUUCCGGUUAUUGAGUUUAACCGCAGACUUAAUAAUAAUAACACUAGAUACUCAAACGAGCUAGCUGUCUACGGUAAUGCUAAGUAUACAUACAUACGUUUUCCUUAGUUCUUCAAAAAAGGAGUAAGCAAACAUGCUAAUAAACUCGCUGUAGGAUUGCUUCUGUAAUCUUUCGACAUGUAAAUAAUUAUGCAAAUGAUUCCUUAGUGGAGUAAUACGAAGACUAAGGAUAGCAUUGAUGGCUGUUUUUCACUGUUGGAUGGGACGAGCUCUAGUGGUGGUGCUGGUGCUGUGUUUCAGCGUUGAGGCUGUGGAUCGUGGUAACUUCAAAACAUGUGAGCAGAGCGCUUUCUGCAAGCGUCAGAGGGAGCUGAAGCCAGGUCAGUCUCCAUACAGAGCUCUACUAGAUACCUUAGAGCUCAGUGACUCCAGGAUUACACUGCAGCUCAUUAAUGAUAAUAACAAGGUGCGUCUGCUCUUGGAGCUGUACAGGCUGCAGGGGAACAUGACACGGAUUAAAAUCAACGAGCUGAAACCUCUCAAACCUCGUUACGAGGUCCGGGAUGUCCUCAUCGCUGAUCCUCCUACCAAACCCAUGACGGUGGUGACUCAGGAUGAGAACAGCGUGGUGCUCUCGCUGGGCACAGAUGAACAGCGGCUGAUCGUCAGUGCCCAACCCUUCCGCCUCGACAUCAUGGAGGGCCCUCAAGUCCUGCUGUCGCUCAAUUCCCGCGGCCUGCUGGCCUUCGAGCACCUGCGUCUGCGCAAAGACACCAUCUCUCAUAAAAUAACAAGCACUUUCGGUAGCAUGUGGGACUCGAUCAAGAACGUGUUCUCUAGUAAACAAGACACAGAAGGAGCUGGUGGAUCAGAGAAUGCCGAGGAUGCAGGUGAUAAGGGUGAAGAGAGACAAGAGGAAGAGAAGCCUGGCAUGUGGGAAGAGACAUUUAAAACCCACAGUGACUCAAAGCCCAAUGGUCCAACAUCCAUUAGUCUAGACUUCUCUUUUCCAGGCGUGGAACAUGUUUACGGCAUUCCCGAGCACGCAGACACUCUAAAACUGAAAACCACAGAUGGGGGUGACCCGUAUCGGCUUUAUAAUCUGGACGUGUUCCAGUACGAGCUGCACAACCCCAUGGCCCUGUACGGCUCCGUGCCUGUGCUCAUAUCCCACAAUGCACAGCGCACCAUGGGUGUCUUCUGGUUGAAUGCAGCCGAGACCUGGGUGGACAUCACCUCCAGCACUUUGACAAUGUUUGGUAAGAUGCUAGACUUUGUCCAGAGUUCGAGUGAAGUCCCGCAGACAGAUGUGCGCUGGAUCUCUGAGAGUGGCAUCAUUGAUGUCUUCAUCAUGCUCGGACCAAAACCAAGUGAUGUUUUCACGCAAUAUGCCUCACUGACAGGCACUCAGGCCUUCCCUCCUCUUUCCACUCUUGGAUACCAUCAGUGUCGCUGGAACUACAACGAUCAGGAAGAUGUAAAAGCUGUUGAUCAGGGUUUUGAUGAGCAUGACAUCCCCUAUGACUUCAUCUGGUUGGACAUUGAGCACACUGAUGGUAAACGCUACUUCACCUGGGACCCUCAAAAGUUCCCACAGCCCAAAGAAAUGCUUAAGGGGCUCAUGGAAAAGAGACGCAAGAUGGUCACCAUUGUAGACCCUCACAUCAAAGUGGACAGUGGCUACAAGAUUCACAAUGAAAUUCGCUCCAAGAACUUUUAUGUCAAGAGCAAAGACGGAGCAGAUUAUGAAGGCUGGUGCUGGCCAGGAAGUGCUGGAUAUCCUGACUUCACCAACCCUGAGGUGAGAGCCUGGUGGUCCAGCCAGUUUGCCUACGACCAGUAUAAGGGUUCCAUGGAGAACCUGUAUACGUGGAACGAUAUGAACGAACCAUCUGUGUUUAACGGGCCGGAGGUGACCAUGCACAAAGACGUGCUGCUCGGCAGCUGGGAGAACAGAGACGUGCACAACCUCUACGGGUUGUAUGUGCACAUGGCGACUGCUGAAGGCUUGAUCCAGCGCUCUGGCGGCACAGAGAGACCGUUUGUUCUCUCCAGGGCCUUUUUCGCAGGAUCCCAGCGCUAUGGGGCAAUAUGGACAGGAGAUAAUGCAGCUGAAUGGGGCCAUCUGAAGAUGUCCAUCCCCAUGUGUUUGAGCCUGGGACUGGUGGGCAUUUCCUUUUGUGGAGCUGAUGUUGGUGGUUUCUUUAAGCAUCCGAGCACUGAGUUGUUGGUGCGUUGGUACCAGGCCGGUGCAUACCAGCCGUUUUUUCGUAGUCAUGCCCACUUGGACACCCCACGGCGUGAACCCUGGCUCUUUGGGCCAGAAAACAUGGCUCUGAUCAGAGAAGUGAUACGUCAGAGAUAUACCCUACUACCCUACUGGUACCAGCUCUUCUAUAAUGCUUAUCGCACCGGACAGCCUGUCAUGAGAGCUCUGUGGGUGGACUAUCCUGAAGAACCAGCCACAUUUGCCAUUGAGAAUGAAUAUUUAAUUGGUAAAGAUCUGCUUGUCCACCCUGUUACUGACGAGGGCGCAAAGAGUGUCACAGCCUACCUGCCUGGGAAAGGAGAGGUUUGGUACGAUGUUCACACAUUCCAAAAGCACGAAGGGGCUCAGAAUCUCCACAUUCCAGUCACCAUGAGCUCAAUCCCAGUGUUCCAGCGUGGUGGCUCCAUCAUCAGCAGGAAGGACCGCAUCAGGAGAUCCUCCUCCUGUAUGGAGAACGACCCCUACACCCUUUAUGUGGCUCUGAGUGCUCAGGGCACUGCUGAAGGAGAGCUUUACAUUGAUGAUUUCCACACCUUCAACUUUGAAAAAGAAAAGCAGUUUAUCCACAGGCAACUGCACUUCUCUGAUAAUGUGCUUACCUCCAGUAAUCUGACUCCAGACUCAAAGUUCACCACAGCAGCAUGGAUAGAGAAGGUGAUAAUAAUUGGAGCCGCUCGCCCAUCUUCUGUCUCCCUGAAGACUGCAGAUGGUGCUGAGUCUGCUUUGGAGUUUGUUUUUGAUUCUGCAGCAUCAGUGAUAACAUUGCAUAAACCUGGCGUCAAUGCAGGGACCGACUGGACUGUGACGUUGCAGUAACACACACACACACACACACACACACAGACGCACACACAUGCACACAGAUUACUAGGACAUAAGCAAAUUCAUGCACACACAAUCAUCUUACCAGAGGGAGCAACACUUUUUUUUCAAGAUUUGAUUCUUUCACACACAUGCACUGGGAAUAAGUGUGUGUAAAAUAUUUGGAUUUGGGAUAAUUUUAGGAUGAGAAUGCAAAUAUAGAAGGAUAACAGAAAUAGGAUCAUUAGAGAAAAGAAAAAAAAAGAUUCUCAUCAUUGACCACUACAUCAAUUUUAUUUUAAAAACAUUUGCAUCAAGUUUGAAUUAAAGAGACCCAAGGGUACCUGUAGAUGCUGUUGGUAGUGAAAGCAUAAUUGUUCCAUUUAAUCCCCCCCCAGUGGAAUACAAUUAUUCAGGAAUGUGGAACCUUUUGCAAUGACAUUCAAUAUUCCAGUAGUAAGAAAGAUUUUCCAAAUAUCAUUGCUAGAGUUGUAUAUAUCUCCAAAUUAGAGUUGUAUAUAUUUCCAAAUAUCAAUGCAGUUGUUCUGCAUUGUAAAUUUGGUUUAAUUGGUUUAAUUCAAUUUUGGUUAAAACUGAGCCAUGCAGAAUUUCACUAUAUUUACUACCUGAUUUAAUAUAGUAAAGACAUCUUUCUUAGAUGACCUCCACAAUGACUUGAAAAAAUACACCUGCUUGUUUACGCUGAUUAUUCAGUUUAAUUUGCUACAUAUUUUUAUAUUAUUAUUAAUUGGUUUCUGAUUUCUUUGAUUUGUGUUUACAUGUCCUCACUAUUUCAUUUGAGCAUUCAUAACUAAAGAACGGCUGUUUAAAAUACAAAUAUCCAUAUGAGUGUCAAUGGGUUUGUUAAUAUUGUAUUUGAGCUGUGUAAAUUAAGAGAAGUUGACUGUAUCCCUGACCAAAGCAUUAAAGCAUUAAUUCAUUCCAAGGCCUUUCAAUCUCAAUGAAAACUCUAUCAGAUCUUUAGAUUUUGAUAAAUCUUACAUGUCUUUGGAUCCAGAACUCUGUUAUACUGAUGAAAGUUCAGGUAAUGUUCUUUUGCUUAGGAUAAGAUAGACCACUUGGGAAAUGUUUCUUGUCAGUGUCUGGCUCAUAAACACAUGGAUGGCUGAAAUAAAGAUGAUGAUCUAGA